CGCAAACCUUGCGCAAUCCUCAAGCUUCCGACGUCGGUCGCCGGUCGCCGGUCGUCGCCAGUCGCCAGUCGCCGAUUCGAGCUACGAUGCACAAGCAGGCUCUAGUGAGUGCUGCGACCGCGCUGCUGCUGGCGCUCCUGCUCUGGCCGCGCGCCGCGCCAUACGCGAAAACGACCACGUUGCACUUUCCAGCCCACGCGCCACUCGCUUCCGCGCCGCCGGACGCCGCCUACACGGACGGCCGCUACAGCUUUGGCCGAUGGAAGCACGCAAUCACCGACGUUGGCUUUCACAGCCACGAUCCUACGAUCGACGUUCUCGACGCCCUCACGUCGCGCCUCCAGACCAAGCUCUGGCACUACACGAGCGUCGACACGCCGCGCUUCUUUCUCGGGUUCGCUUUCGUCCAGCUGCAGUACGUCUCGGACGUCUUCUUGUACCUUGUCGACAAGGAUAGUAUGGAGAAGCACGAGUACGCAGCCCGCCGUCCGGGCAAUGUCGGUCUCGCCUUCGCCGCGUCGUCCAUCGAUACGCAGCAGUGCACGGCGUUCACGGCCGCAACGAUGCUCGACAGCAACGAGACUAUUGAAGCCUGCUACACCGGCGGCGCGUGGCGGCUCCGCGCCAACGUCCCGCUCACCAGUGCCAACGGAUCGACGACGACGCCGUUUGCCAUGGAGUUGGCCCUCCAGCGCGACGAAGCGCUCACGCUGUUGUACCCGCUGGCCGACGACCCAUGGCGACCCGCCUAUGUGCACAAGGGCGCGGGCAGUGCCGCGAGUGGCCAUCUCCACUUUGGCGCGAGCCACGUGACGGUCGAGCGCGGUCUCGGCGCGAUCGACUGGACCAAGAGCAUGGCGCUCCGCGAGACGACGUGGCACUGGGCGUCCGCCAGCUUCUUUGCCGCCGACGGCGCCGCGAUCGGCAUCAACUUGAGCCAACACGUGUACGACGUCGAUGGCGCGUCCCAGGAAAAUGCCAUCUGGGUCGACGGCCGCGUGUGCGCGCUGCGCGGGGUUCAGUUUCAGAUUCCAGAUGUGGAUCCGAUCCACGCAACGUGGCGCAUUGCAUCCAUCGCGCCGACGCUGCUUGACAAUGUGACGCUCGUGUUUACGCCGGCCGGCGCCCGCCGGGAUGACGCGGGCGUGCCGUAUCUUGUGCACUCGCGCUUUGUGCAGCCGUACGGCACCUUCUCGGGACGCAUUGUCUGCGCGACCGAAGACAAUAUUGUGCACGAGAUCACGGUCGAGAAUGCGUUCGGUGUUGUCGAAGACCACUUUGCGCUCUGGUAA